GCGGCCCCGCCGGAAGGAAGAAACAUGGAAAGUGGUGCAGUUCUCCUGGAAUCCAAAUCCUCACCAUAUAACCUUCUGCAUGAAAUGCAUCAGCUACGCCUUCUUGGCCACUUGUGUGAUGUGACAGUCAGUGUGGAGUACCAGGGUGUCCGUGAAGAAUUCAUGGCCCAUAAGGUGGUGCUGGCAGCUACCAGCAAAUUUUUUAAAGAAAUGUUCCUUAAUGAGAAGAGUAUGGAUGGCAGUAGGACUAAUGUCUACUUAAAUGAAGUGCAGGUUGUUGAUUUUGCUUCAUUUCUUGAGUUUGUUUACACUGCAAAAGUACAGGUGGAAGAAGACCGGGUGCAGCGAAUGCUGGAAAUGGCUGAAAAACUGAAAUGUUUGGACUUAUCGGAAACUUGUUUUCAGUUAAAGAAACAGAUGUUGGAAUCAGUACUUUUGGAGUUGCAGAAUUUCUCGGACACCCAGGAGGCAGAAGGGAGUGGUGGCACUGAAGUCACUACUGCUCCUGACCAGCCUCAGGCUCUGAUCAGUGCAGCUGAGAGCACUCCUCUCACCAAUGGCCUGAUGGAUUCCGCAGAGCCUCCAGAGGAGAGAAUCAGCAAUGGAUUGUUGCCAGACAUGCCCUUGAGAAAGUUCAAGGAGAAAUCAGACAAGAAAAAAGAUGUCAUUAAGCCUCCUUACCCAAAAAUCAGGAGAGCUAGUGGGAGACUGGCCGGAAGAAAGGUAUUUGUGGAAAUUCCUAAAAAGAAAUACACAAGACGACUCCGAGAGCAGCAGAAAAGUGGAGAGGAUGACAUAGGGGAUUAUACAGACCCUCAAGAUCCCAACCCAGAUAUUGUAGUAAUAAAAGAAAUGGAGCCAGGUACUAAAAAUGAGGACUGCAGUAGUGGAGUGCAAGUGGAGGAAGUGCUACAGAAGGUGGGUCAGGGGGUAGAGGAAGAAGAGGAGGAGGACGAGGAAACAGAGAAGAGGAAGAGCAACUUCAAAUGCACUAUGUGCAACAAAGCGUUUUUGUAUGAGAAGAGCUUUCUGAAACACAUCCGGCAGCACCAUGGAGUGGCCACUGAAGUCGUUCACCGCUGCGAUACCUGCAGCCAGACCUUUGCCAACCGCUGCAACCUGAAGAGCCACCAGCGCCAUGUGCAUAGCAGCGAGCGCCACUUCCCAUGUGAUCUCUGUGGGAAGAAGUUCAAAAGGAAGAAGGAUGUCAAGCGGCAUGUGGUGCAGGUCCAUGAGGGUGGAGGCGAGCGGCACCAGUGCCAGCAGUGUGGCAAGGGCUUGAGCUCCAAGACAGCUCUACGACUUCAUGAGCGGACACACACGGGUCACAAGCCCUAUGGCUGCACUGAAUGUGAAGCCAAGUUUUCACAGCCUUCAGCGCUCAAGACCCACAUGAGAAUUCAUACAGGGGAAAAACCUUUUGUCUGUGAUGAAUGUGGUGCAAGAUUCACUCAGAACCACAUGCUGAUAUAUCAUAAAAGGUGCCACACAGGUGAAAGACCUUUUAUGUGCGAAACAUGUGGCAAGAGUUUUGCUUCUAAGGAAUAUUUAAAACAUCAUAACAGAAUUCAUACUGGAUCGAAACCCUUUAAAUGUGAAGUUUGUUUCAGGACUUUUGCCCAACGAAAUUCACUUUACCAGCAUAUUAAAGUUCACACAGGGGAGCGUCCCUAUUGCUGUGACCAGUGUGGUAAGCAGUUUACCCAGCUGAAUGCACUGCAGCGCCACCAUCGGAUCCACACUGGGGAGAAGCCAUUCAUGUGUAAUGCAUGUGGGCGGACUUUUACUGACAAGUCCACUCUUCGGAGACACACCUCAAUACAUGAUAAGAAUACUCCAUGGAAAUCUUUCCUUGUUAUUGUGGAUGGCUCACCCAAGAAUGAUGAAGGGCAGAAGACUGAACAGCCUGAUGAAGAAUAUGUCUCAUCCAAACUUUCAGAUAAAUUGCUGUCUUUUGCAGAAAAUGGCCAUUUUCACAACUUGGCCCCAGUUCAGGACACUGUACCCACCAUAGAUGAAAACAGAUCUGAAGAUGCUGCCUGCAAAUCAGACAAUCCCCAGGACACUCUGCUGACCACUAGCAUCAGUGAGCUUACUGAGCUGACUCCUCAGGCAGAGGCGGUGCCCACACAACUUCAUUCUUUGGACAACAUGGAAUAAGCUCGAAAUUACCUGCCAAGCAGGUCAAUUUUACUUCUUUGUCUAGGAUAGCAAGAAAAUGUCAGGGAGUUACUAAGAAAAAAACUGUCUGGGGGGGCAAAGAAGUGUUUAAGAAUAGUGUCUGUAUAUUUUCCUGGAUUCGUGCUAACUUGCACGCACAUCUUUAUCAAAGCAUUUUUAAAGCUUUCCCUUAAAAAUCUUGGGCUGGGCCUGGGAAAUAUCUCAAGCAGCAGAGUAUCGGUGAGGCUCACGUGUGCUCACUGACAGUGGUGUCUUGAGCACUGCUAAGGGUGGGCCCCAUCAGGUUAGCACUGCUAAACCGAGAGUUACCAGAAAUGGCUUCUGCCUUGUCCCCAUCAGCACUGGGGUGGGGGUGGGGUGACACUUAUUUUAAAAAAAAAAAAAAACCUGCUUUGCAUGAUUCAGCUAUACUGUAUUAACAGAAAAAGCAGUAACAUCACUUGUUCCUGGUGUAGGUUUUGUGCAUUAAUCACACUAAUGCUUAUUUUGAUGUUGAUCUUGAAGUCUGGACAACUGUUCAUCCUAACUAUAGAGAAUAGAACAGUGAUCCUGGCUCAUGAGACUGCUGGUCUUCCUGACCUCUCACCCUGCCUUAGACUUCCAUGUGGGUUUAUUUCUGAUACUUGUAUUUUUCUACAAGCUAGAAUUAAAUUGGAGCCACUGUCUCCUUGUCAAAAUGAAGCAAAUUGAAUUUGCUUCAGGGACCCUUAAACAAAUUAUUGCCUUCAUUCUCCCAUCCCUCUUUCCCUAGUUUGUGGGCACUAUAAAGAGUAAUAAAUUGAACCCUUGUAAACAGCUUAUUCUAAUCUCUACUCAUACAGCUAGGACUUUUGCCGUAACUUCUGAAAUUAAAUGUGACUUUCUACAUUUCUGAAAAUCGGAUUAGCUAAAAGCUGUCCUACCAAAGACUAUUGCAGCAAUCUGUGGUAUUUAUUUUGCAAAGAGGUGUGAAAUACAAAUCAAAAGCCUUUAGCACACUUUCAUUAAAACAGUUUUGUGUGAACAGAAUUCCCAUUUUGUUCACAAGGUGGCACUGAGAUGACUGGCAAAUCUUAGAACAUGGAACACUUAUUUUGCUAACUUUAUGACUUAAUUUCUGUAAUUUACAGAAACCCAGACCUCAUUUCCACAUCAGGAGCUUGAAACAGGCAAGUUUUUGCCACAUACUUGUUUCCUUGGGAGCAUGUGAGAGUAAAACAGAAAGGAUUGUACUUUAAGAGUGACUGUGAAGAACUAAUACUUUUUGUCUUAAAUGCUCCUUUGGCUACUUCACGCUGGACUUAAUUACUGAUUAUUGUUCAAAGGAAUAAGUAAUGACAAAGUAAUUCUGCUGUAUUUAUUACACCUGAUCCUUGAUUCCAGAGGCUUGGGUAUUGCUGUAUGCUUAAUGAAGUGCUUUUGACUGACAUGUAGCCCUAAACAUUAAGAAUAUUGAGUUGUUUUGUUCAAUAGUUGCUUUCUCCCCAUAUCUUAAUUUAUUAAAUGUGAUGUGAAAGUACAUUUUUGUAGGAGAAAGUAACUUUUUCUGUAAGUAUUAGGGGACAGCAUUGCUGCACUAUGCCAGAAGUAUUGAGGGAAGAGGUUCUUCCUAAGUGCUUGCUUUGUUUUGCGUACAUGUUAAUUUGUAACAUGUUACAGUAACUACUGAAGCCACUAUUGAAAGGUGUUUUAGGUGCUGAUAACAUGUUUCACACCUGCUCUUGAAGAUAACAGUACUGAGUUAUUUCAGUUAUUAGAUUAAGACAGCUUAGCCUAGAUGUGUUUACAGGACAAAAAAUAGUUAUUGUCACACCAUCUUUUUAUUCUUGCUAAAAAAAAAUGGACCUGCCUAGCUGAUGGACUGUUUGUGUCAUAGAAUAAAGUCAGCUUCAUGAGAGAAGUAAUUUAAAUAAUAGAUUAUUUUGUUACCUACUGGAGGCUUUGUCUUUAGAAAUUCUACCAAA